UAAGUGUGCUCCGCUGCCGGUGCCUGUGGUUUUAUUUACAUUUUUAAUUUUGUUUCGUUUAUAAUUUUUGCCUCCAAAAUACUAAUGGGAAGCCUAACGAUAGCUUCUAUUGUAAUCGAUAGAUUUUAGUGUAAAAACCACGUGUGAUAUUACAUGUUCUCGUUAAAAUGUCUCCCAGCUCAAACUCAAAACUGGUUCAACGAACAAUCGAUUUAAAUUAUAUAAAUAAAAAACGUUCCAAUUCUGUAAAAUGGAUAAUUGUAAAUGCUGUAUUUUUGCUGAUAUUUGCAUAUGACUUGUCGUGUAAAUGUCCAGGACAUACUUCAAUAUUACACUAUGUGGAGCUUAUUUGUGCUGGUGUAUUGGCUGCCAACUUAAUUCAGUAUGCCCUAUCUAUGAUACCCAGCAAAGCAGCUAAAUUGCCCCUUUCACGAGACCAGCAAAAAUUGCUCGGUCUCUCUUGCGCCGAUUUAGAUUCAUCAUUCAUUUUGACACAAAGUGAAUGCUCUCGCAUUCAGGCUAGUGAAAGUGAUGGUGACAAGUGGCCGACCUCUGACGCCGAGCUAUCACUGUCGCCCCGCACGUGGCGCGCGUCCGCUUCCCCCCCGUCGCCCCCCUCGCCGGUCUCGUCAUCGCGUCGAGCACCCUCACCCGCACACUCGCAGUCGCCGUCGUCCUUCGACGCAGUCAGCGACCACUUCUUUGCCGACCGCGGCUCACUUGCCGACUACUUGCGACAUUACGAGGAGCGCUCACGGGCCGAGUCGGCCGGCGAGGGUACAGGGCCAGCACGCGCGGCGCCCCCCCCGGUGUACCAGCUCGCCUCUCCCGACGCGGGACACGGAAAACUCGAGGAGAGUUCACCGCAGGGAUCUCCGCAGGUGUGGUGGCGACUAGAUCUCGAUCCACAGCGUCUAACCCAGUGGAACCUCAAUCUGCGACUCUGGAUCCACGUCACGAUUCUGGAGCGGCUGGUGCACGAGAUCCGGUCGACGGACGAGGAGCUGGCGCGACUGGCGCUGUGCGAGGCGGGCGCGUUGCGGGCGGGCCGCGCGGCGCCGGCGCGGCUGCGCGCGCUCGCGCUGCACGUGCCCGCGCUGGCGCCGCUGCUGCCCUUCCUCGAGCCCUUCCCCGACCAAUGCUACGUAGUUCGACGCAUAACGGAGUUAGCCCAGGGCGGCUGUCUGAGCAGCUACAGGUGGGACCGCGGUGGCUCCGACUGGGACGCAUCGAAGCCGACGGACGCAGAGUUGGUGCUGCACCUGUUCGCCACGUACCUGGACGGGCAGCUGGCGGGCGGCGGCGGCGCGAGGCCCUUCAGCGCGGAGCACGUGCGCGAGGCGAGCGCGGCGCGGCGGGGGGGCGGCGCGCCCGCCGUGGUACGCGUGAGUGCGCGCCCGCCGCACUACGCGCUAGCGCUAGCCGAGGAGACGCUGGACGUGGGGCGCGGCCGCAACAACCUUCUGCACACGCUGCUGCUGUUCCUGGCGGCGGCAGCGCGCUCGGACCCGCCCGCACUCGCGCGCACCCACCUCGGCCGUGCCGGCCUCAACAUGCUCUGGAUUAUCGGCCGCUGAUCGUCAAUCUAUAUAAUACUCGCAGUACAAAGCUGUCGCGAUAUUUGGUUUUAUCGCUUUUAGACUUCAAUAAAAUCAGUAUUUUGACUUGCAA